UCAGGGAAAUGAGAAGCCUGGUACUGCUUGGAAUUUUGAUGGUACCACUAUUGGUUCUGGGAAUGUUUGGCAAUUUACACUUGAUUUAUGCUACCUGGAAAUUCAAACAGCUACAGCAUCGCAACGGCAUUCUGGUCGCAAUUAUUGCUUCUCUUGAUUUCGUUGGUUUUUUGGAUAUAAAUUAAAA